AUGAUUCUGCCAGCGAUUGCGAUACUUGCGGUGGUGCCCGCGGUGAUGGGGCAGGUGGCGCAGUGGGGACAGUGUGGUGGUUCUGGAUACACUGGCGCUACAACGUGCGCCAGUGGCUCGACCUGUAUUGCGCAGAACGAGUGGUACAGCCAGUGCAUCCCUGGGACUGCCUCGACGACUACUUCUAGUACUCUGAAAACAUCAACUACCACUACUAGUACUCUGAAAACAUCAACUACCACGACUUCCGCCUCGAGCACCAGUACUUCUGCCGCCGGCGAUAAAACAACUGUUAACACCUCCACCCCCACCCCCACCCCCCCCAGCGGCGACUCCUACUCUGCAACCGGCUUCUGGGUCGGCGGCACCGCCCCCAGCGCCUCCAACCCCUUGGGCAACCCCACCUUCCCCGGCUCCACCACCUCCGGCGGCGCCAACUGGGUCGGCUACCUCGUGACCGAGUUCAACCCCGUCGUCGCGCUCAGCUACAACUUCGCGUCCAGCGGCGCCGCCGUCAACAACUCUAUCGUCUCGUCCUGGGGCACGCCGCUCACCACCCAGGUCGCGACCUUCUUGCAGUACCUCGGCACCGGCGGGCCGUGGAGUAGUGAUGACUCUGUCUUUGUCUUCUGGAUCGGCAUUAACGAUAUCUGGAACUCGUACUCUCUGGACGUCGACCAGGCCGCGCUGCAUGCAAAGCUCAUGGAUGAGAUCUUUAACCUCGUACAGCAGCUGUAUGACGUUGGUGCUAGGAAGUUCAUGUUUAUGAGUGUUCCACCGGUCGAAAAGACGCCCUCGCAGCUCGUCUACUCCGACGCCGUCCGCGCCAACGAGGUCGCCCAGAUCGCCGACUACAACAGCCAGCUGGUGUCCCGCGCCGCGACGUGGAAGGCGGGUACGACCGGGACGACGGUGUGGCAGUUCGAUACCCAGGCGCCGUUUAAUCAGGUCAUUUCUAACCCGACGGCGUAUGGAUAUGCGGAUGCGACCACCGUGUGUCAGGCGACGUCAUCGGCGUUGCAUAAGGUUGUGGCAGAGCAGGUGGCGGCUGCGUUGGACGGCGGGUUUUGGUAG